AUUUCUGAACUUAAGAAAAAAACAUAUCCCCUAUUGCACAGCAAAAUCACUGUUUUCUUGCUACACCCCUGCAACCGGCAGCUGUUAUUGAUUAGAGGAGCGAUAAAAAUCCAGCCACCGCGAUUAUUGACAAUAGGACAACCUCGAGGGGCUUUAAAGUUAUCUAACAUCAAUCAAACGUUUCUCAAUUAUCUAGAGUGCCUGUAAAUAGCUGGCAAAGGCAUCCAAGCAACUCAAACGAUUUGUAAAAUAUGGCCAAGUUAGACGAACGGAUCGGCUUCAUUGGAGGCGGAAACAUGGCCUUUGCCAUUGGAUCCGGACUCGUACGUUGCGGUAUCGUGAAGGCAAGCCAGGUGCUGGUCUCCGGCCCGCACAUCGAGAACCUGCAGCGCUGGCGGGACUUGGGAGCCGUGACGAGCGACGACAACUGUGAGGUCCUGGAGCACACGGAUGUAGUCUUCAUCUGCGUUAAGCCGCACAUGCUCGCCACCUGCGCAGCCGGUCUCAAGUACAAGCAUGUGCCGUCGGCCAAAGACGCCAGCAAGCUGAUUGUGUCCGUACUGGCAGGUACCAGUAUUCAAACUUUGGAGGAUGCCCUUAGUUUUAUGGGCAGCUCCGAUGUAAAGAUAAUCCGGACCAUGCCCAACACAUCCAUGCAGGUGGGCGAGGGAUGUACAGUGUAUACUGGCAAUGCUCGCGUCAGCCAUCACGACCUAGAAAAGAUCCAUCUGAUGCUCAAUGCUCUGGGUUUGGCCCAGCAAGUACCUGAGACCAUGAUCGAUGCCGUCACCGGGGUAGCAGGAUGCGGCCCGGCCUUUGUAUACACCAUCAUCGAGGCACUGGCAGAUGGUGGAGUUAAGCAGGGUGUUCCCCGCCAAAUGGCUUUGCAGUUUGCAGCUCAAACACUGCUGGGAGCGGCAAAAACAGUCCUCCUUACAGGCAAACAUCCGGCAGUCCUUCGGGACGAGGUUUGCUCACCCGGCGGGUCGACCAUUGUCGGCGUCCACGAAUUGGAAAAAGGAAACCUUAGGGCAACUUUAAUAAACGCCGUGGAGAAAUCCUCGCAGCGCUCCGCUGAACUGGGAAAGAAAUGAGCCUGCAGCUACUCCAUAACCUUCUUUGCUCUCUAUACUUAAAGUAAAACGCUUGGUAUUCAUAUUACAAUUACAACUACGAUAAAGCUUGA